UUUAGGGCGCAUGCGCAAAACGGUCGAUACUGAGGCCUGUUGUUGUCCUAGGCGGCCUCCCUUGUCUCGUGUAAGUAGCAUCUAAAGAACCCCAGCCUCUCUCUUUUAUGCCUCCUUCAAGUUUCCUGCUCUUGGCAAACUCGUUGACUAGACUUCAUGGUUUCCCUCGGACACCAGGGCUUUGGGAGAAGCAGUGUUUUUUAUUUCCUCGGUGGCCCGGACCGUUGCUCCUUGAAGCGAGGAAGAAGAGUUCUGGGGACCUCCUGGUUCUAAAUGAGGCAGACCUGGAAGAACAGUGUGUCCGUGGCUCUGGGCCAGGAGGCCAAGCCACGAAUAAAACCAACAACUGUGUGGUCCUGAAGCAUCUUCCCUCAGGGAUUGUAGUCAAGUGCCAUCAGACGAGAUCGCUAGAGCAGAACCGCAAAAGAGCUAGAGAGAUCCUCCAGGAGAAAGUUGACAUUUUCUACAAAGGUGAAAGCAGCGAUGUUGUUAAAGAAAAACGGGAAUCAGAGAAGAAAAAGCAAGAGAAGAAGAGGCGAGCAAAGGAAAACCUUGAAAGGAAAAAGCAUUUGAAAGAAAUGCAAACGUUGGAUGACCAAUAGAGAAUUUAAGCAGCUUUUAACAAUACACACACAUUCUAGCUGUGGGGGGCUGGACUUCCAGGUUUUGCUUUCUGACUGAGACGUGACUAGUUGUCAUUUCCAAAAUACUCAUUUGGGAUCAAAAGAAAAGCACCCUGCAAGUCCCAGAGGCUGGCAAAAUGCCAAAGCGUCAUAAACUCACAUAGCAAAAGGCUGCAGAAUGCUCCCCAGAGCCAGAAUUAGCAUGUUCUCUUGGAUUGCCAGAUUUCUUUCUCCCAUUUUUGUGUCCACCAGUGGAACCAACAGACCCAUGUUGCCUCCCUUUCCAGCAGUUUGUGCCUCAGGUUGAUGGUUGGCCCUUGUUUUAAGGCAGGACUAGGUCACCCUGCCACUGCUCCCAGGUAUUUGUAUCCAGUUCCCUGCCGUGAAGAACACCUCCAGAGUUCUUUGGCAGUACACGAGGGCGCUGUUCAGCCCUUCCCAAGUCGAGUGUGUCAUUAGGUCGUGGCACAGUGCUAUGUGCAUCUUGGGGGCUGUAGCAGCGGAUGAGACCUGCUCCCAGGAUAGCCCCGGGCAUGAGAAUGAUGCAUGCAUCAAGGGCAGGGCACUGAAACUGAUGCAAAAUGAGCCAGAGAGGCGUGACAGGACAGAAGCGAAGCUUCCCAGGCACACGGUGCAACGGCAGAGGUGGCCUCGCCCAGUGGAAGCUGCACCGCGCCCUUUGCAGCCUGCCGAGUAUUGCACACCGCCUUCAGCCCACGAGGCCCAGCGUUGGGUGCUCGUUACAAAGGCACAAAGCGGCCAAGGAGAUGCACAUGCCGAGAGCAAACGCCCGGGCCUCCCUCCGGCAGAACACGGCUCUCUCUGGUGGUGCAGGCCAGAGGCCGUGGCUUCGUGGGGCUCUUGCCCUCCCUCUGCCACUGGGGAGAGCUUGACCGGCCCAGCAUGUUUUACCUCUGUGAAGUGCAGGCAGCUUUUCUUGUGAUUUUCAAGGGGCUCAUUUGGGGUCACCAUUAGGCAAGUGUCAGAAUGAAAAACCUGGAAGCCCUCCUUGCAGCCGUAGUUCUAGGCCAAAACGUCUGGAGCACCACAAGUGGUCCAUACCAGCUUUAUAUGGCAAGUGGGAAAGCUAUUGCCUCCUUUGCGACACCUGACAACUGCUGAGAGUUGAAGCUACAGCCCCACCCUCUGCCUUGGUGGUGCCUUAAGCACAGCAGGGAGCAGGUCAGCAGCGCCCUGGCUCUUCUGCCCGCCUGGCACGGAGCCUGCGGAGGCCUCACCAUCCAUUCGAAGAGCCGGAGUUUCCGCCGAGGGUCGUCGUCGUGGGCUCCGAGCCGUCCUCUCUACGCGGGUGUGACAGCAG